CUCAUCGAUCUGGUCAUCAUGCAGUUGCAGCGUCAUUGUGGGCUGUCGUUUGAAUGAAGUUACAAGACAUACAGAUCUUCCGCAUCCCAACUUAAACCCGGCAUUUGGUGUAGAGCUGUUUAAAGGACAAGCAAACAGAAAGAUGCCCGUAUUUACAGUGAAUGUGAAAUGGGGAAAGGAGAAGUUUGAUGCGGUGGAGCUGAACACAGAGGAGCCGCCCAUGGUGUUCAAAGCCCAGCUUUUCGCUCUAACAGGAGUUCAGCCGGAGAGACAGAAGGUCAUGGUGAAAGGAGGAACACUGAAGGAUGAUGAGUGGGGCAAUAUCAAGUUGAAAAAUGGGAUGACUCUUCUGAUGAUGGGCUCCGCUGACGCCCUGCCUGAAGAGCCUGUAGUGCGACCCAUGUUUGUAGAGGACAUGACGGAGGAGCAGCUCGCGUCUGCCAUGGAGUUGCCGUGUGGAUUGACGAAUCUGGGCAACACAUGCUACAUGAAUGCAACAGUGCAGUGUCUACGCUCCGUGCCUGAGCUCAAAGGCGCUCUCAGGAGGUAUUCUGGUGCCUUGCGGUCUUCUGGAGCUAACGCACCUUCCCAGUACAUCACAGCAGCUCUGCGUGAUUUGUAUGAGUCCAUGGAUAAGACCUCGUCAAGCAUUCCUCCCAUCAUUCUGCUGCAGUUCCUGCACAUGGCCUUCCCACAGUUCGCUGAGAAAGGAGACCAGGGCCAGUACCUUCAGCAGGAUGCCAAUGAGUGCUGGGUCCAGAUGAUGCGGGUCCUUCAGCAGAAACUAGAACCUGAAGAACUAGAAACCCCACCAGAGACUGACAGUGAUAGUGGAGCUGCUGCCGCCGCAAAAAAGAAGAAUUUCAUCGAUCAGUAUUUUGGUGUUGAAAUUGAAACUACUAUGAAAUGUACCGAGUCAGAGGACGAGGACCCAACUAAAGGCUCCGAGAGCCAGCUGCAGCUCAGCUGCUUCAUCAACCAGGAAGUGAAAUAUCUCGCCACUGGACUCCGACUGAGGCUACAGGAGGACAUCACGAAGUUCUCUCCAUCCUUACAAAGAAAUGCCCUCUAUAUCAAAUCGUCCAAAAUCAGCCGUCUCCCGGCAUACCUCACGGUUCAAAUGGUGCGGUUCUUUUACAAAGAAAAAGAGUCUGUGAAUGCCAAAGUCCUCAAGGAUGUCAAAUUUCCUCUUAUGCUGGACGUCUUUGAGCUGUGCACUCCUGAACUUCAGGAGAAGAUGCUUCCUAUGAGGACAAAGUUUAAGGAGGAUGAAGACAAGAAAUUGGAGAUGCAGCAGCAGCAGCCGAAAGUGAUUCAGAAGGUUGGGGCACCAAAGGAUAAAAAAUAUGAACCUUUCUGUUUUUCUGAAGACUUGGGCUCCAACAACAGCGGUUACUACGACCUGCAAGCGGUUCUGACGCAUCAGGGCCGAUCCAGUUCAUCUGGCCACUAUGUCGGCUGGGUUAAAAGGAAAGAAGAUGAAUGGAUGAAGUUUGACGAUGACAAGGUCAGCGUGGUGACCCCUGAGGACAUCCUGAAGCUGUCUGGUGGAGGGGAUUGGCAUAUAGCAUAUGUCCUUCUGUACGGCCCCCGGCGUCUGGAAAUACUGGAGUAACGGUGUUUCACAGAGGAAACUUAAACCAUAAUUGCCAUUUUCAAAGCACUGUCUGUAUAGAUGUGCAAAUAAAUUUGUGUCUUUAAAAACACGA